AACCAAACAACCUUACUCAAUGAGUCCUUCGAGUAUUCAGGAAUAAUAAUAAAAAAGAGAAGUAAUUUACUACAACUACAAUAUAUUAAUUCUGAUUUGUUGUGUCUCUGUGUAUCCUAGAAGUUUUGUCCAUGUCAUUACCCGUAAAGCCAACGCGUUCUCAAACCAUUCCUACUCUACAGACAUAUCCAUGACGUAAACCCCCCCCCCCUCUAUCUCUAUCUCUCUCUCUCUCACUUUCUCUCUCUCUAACAAUCCCUUUUCGGGCUCACUUGCUAAAUUCUGAUUUGUUGUGUCUCUGUGUAUCCUAGAAGUUUUGUCCAUGUCAUUCCCCGUAAAGCCAACGCGUUCUCAAACCAUUCCUACUCUACAGACAUAUCCAUGACGUAAACCCCCCCCCCCCUCUAUCUCUAUCUCUCUCUCUCUCACUUUCUCUCUCUCUAACAAUCCCUUUUCGGGCUCACUUGCUAAACUUCUUUGCAUCAACAAAUAUUCCUAACCUCUCCAUUAAACUAUCCUUUAGACACUUCCGUAAAUUUCCACUAAACUCUCCAUUAGACACUACAAUAACCUUUCCCCUAUACUCCCUCCACCUCCAAACCCAUGCCGUUAAAAUCUGAACAAUCCAAAUUGACAAUGAAAUUUUCUCUAUAGUCAUGAAAAUGUUGUUCAGAAUUUAAAGAAUUUUAUGAACAUGGACUUAUAUAUAUAUAUAUAUAUAUAUUCUUUCGCUGUACAAUACAAUUUGAUGUAUAAACCUGAAUUGCUGCGAGAAAAAUAAUUCAUUUACAAGCUCCCAUAACAUUUCCCCAAACUGUCCCAAGCUCUUAACCCAGGCCCAUGGUCUGACAAUCUCAACGGCUCUGAUCUCUCACACUAUAAUACCGUCAAUGCAAUUUUCUUUCCAAUCGUUUUAAGUAGUUUCGAAAGUUAAAGAAUUUGAGGACCAUGUGAUUUUAACAAAAAUAUAUCCUUCGUUUUGUAUACAAUGUGGUGUAAAAAUCAGAAAUAUUAUUUCUGCACGUAGAGCAACUUUCGUCAAAAAUCUCAUUAUCGUCUCAGCCGGACAUAUGCUAAAACCCCGACACACUGACGCGAAACAAAAUACAAUAAUCAAAAUUGUUGGUAAGUUGUUGAAUCUUUUACCUGCCUGAUAUGAAAUCUGUGUAGGACUAUUUUUAGUGACCACCAGCUGUCUCCCACUUGUUUCUAGAAUUUAUUCCCUAGAUGGUUCUGAUUUAAUCCCUAUAUAAAGGUCAUCACUUUCCUGGCAGAGAGACACAGAGAGAGAGAGAGAGAGAGAGAGAGAGAGAGAGAGAGAGAGAGAGAGAGAUUGAUUUAUAGAUUCCAGGCUUUUGACUUAUUGUGUGGCUAUUUCGUAGUGACCCCAACCAGCAAAUUCAUAGCCUGGAUUUCGUAUAAGGCGAGCCCUAAUUGCCUUUUGUAUGCGAGUUUCUCUUUUUCUGACUUAAUAUCUUUACAUUAUAUUAUUUUAGGGUAAAUGCAUUUGAAACUUUGUAAUAUGUGAUGUCAUGCAGUUUCUGGGAGCCAUUGCAACUGCUGUUUUAUUCAUUGCUGGUAAGUUAUGGUAAAUAUUUACUGUUUAAAUUACUAACACUGGUAAAAAAAAUUUACAUUAACUUUCAAAUAUCCUAUUUCCCCUUACGAUGACUCUCAACCCGGAGGUAAUUUAACGAUAUUCUAACUGAAAAAUGAAAAUUGCAAUAAUUGUCCAAGAAUUACUUCUAUCCGUACCAAUGGCACAUUAAAAAUUAAAAAUUAGAUUUAAUGUGCAGAUUUUAUACUAGAGUGCCUAAUCAUAAGUCACAAAACGUGGGGUCUCGAUUAGCGUAUGAAAUGUUGACAUGAUUAGCCACAUACGUUUAAGGCGAUCUAGACAUUUCUAACAGGCUUUCUUACCUACUCUAAUUGUAAUAUUUUGAAAAGAGUUGGACAUAGCAGUAGCCUAUAUUUUAAUUCAACGAACUCUACAUUAUCAUCCUAAGAAUAAAUGAGAAAGAGUAUAGCCGAAUAUGGUGUAAAUAUUUUAAUACAUUUCAAAGGCCAAUUCAAUUAUAAUGUACUGCCAUAUGCCUAUAAUGAAUGAAAUCCCUGAGUAUGUUAACUCUGUGUAUUUUGUGUAAGCAUCGGUACAACUAUAACAUCUUAUCUAUACCUGGAAGUCGCACAAGGCUAACAAGAGAAGCCUUCCGGAUUUGGUCCUUAUAAUGAAGUUACACACGGUUUCUCAGUGCUAGUGCCAGGCAUAUGCCUAAUUUUGUUUCUUCUUCCCAGUUCAAUGUCAACUGCUUGACAAAACAGAGAUCGAAGUCGGAGGCUCAUUCAAUCUGACGUGUGAUGUUGGCCGGAUUGGCAGUGUUCCAGCAGCUGUAACGGGUCUAUAUGGUUUAUCCAUUGAGAGAACCGUGCUUACAAGUAGAAAGCCUACGACUGUUGCUGUCUAUUCACCGAAUCAUUCAAAAAAUCUCACAAAGGUAAUAUUUAAGUCAUGACCUCAUCAAUCAAUGUCUAUGGACUCAACCUAGAUCGUUCAUUACACUUAAUCAAAAUAAUUCAAAUUGUGUUUGGGCAACUUUAAAAAGGUCACCAAACCUCAAUCCUAUUUCUUUCUAGAUCAUUGUAAAAUUGUUUGAAUAUUUAAUCGUUAUUUUAAUUUUAAACAUUUAAGUUUAAAAAGUUUUUUUUAAACACUUUUAGCUUACUUUAAACAGUCUUUGGUGCAUUUUCUUGUUUAAUUUAUUUUUGGUAAAUAAGUUAUGUUCUGCAACUAUAUUUAUCUGUUUAUAAUUGUUUAUGAUUUUUUUUUCUCCUUACUAAUCACUGUGGACGUUAUCUAUGUCUGUCUACAAGGCUUCAUUUAAUGCUUCAUACGUAUUCCCUUAGCUCGUGUUACUAAGUAUUUGACGUAUUCCCUUAGCUCGUGUUACUAAGUAUUUGACGUAUUCGCUUAGCUCGUGUUACUAAGUAUUUGACGUAUUCCCUUAGCUCGUGUUACUAAGUAUUUGACAUAUUCCCUUAGCUCGUGUUACUAAGUAUUUGACGUAUUCGCUUAGCUCGUGUUACUAAGUAUUUGACGUAUUCCCUUAGCUCGUGUUACUAAGUAUUUGACGUAUUCCCUUAGCUCGUGUUACUAAGUAUUUGACGUAUUCCCCUUAGCUCGUGUUACUAAGUAUUUGACGUGUUCUCUUAGCUCAUGUUACUAAGUAGUUGACGUAUCCCUUAGCUUGUGUUACUAAGUAUUUGACGUAUUCCCUUAGCUCGUGUUACUAAGUUUUUGACGUAUUCCCUUAGCUCGUGUUACUAAGUAUUUGACGUAUUCCCUUAGCUUGUGUUACUAAGUAGUUGACGUAUUCCCUUCGCUCGUGUUACUAAGUAUUUGACGUAUUCCCUUAGCUCGUGUUACUAAGUAUUUGACAUAUUCCCUUAGCGCGUGUUACUAAGUAUUUGACGUAUUCCCUUCGCUUGUGUUACUAAGUAUUUGACGUAUUCCCUUAGCUCGUGUUACUAAGUAUUUGACGUAUUCGCUUAGCUCGUGUUACUAAGUAUUUGAAGUAAAAUGUUUUUCAGAUUUAAUUUUUCAGAACAAGCUUCCAAGGUGUAAAAAAGCAAUAUUGUUGAUUUAAAAAAAUUAUAUGUUCUAGAAUCUAGAUGUUCAUGUCUUCAUAAUUCCAUUUUUUUCAGUUUAUUCCAAAUGGUAGGCAAUGGGUCAUUGAAGCAUCUGGCGGUAGAGGCUCUGCUACUGAUCCGGACAGCAACAGGGCAUCGAUAAAGCUGGCGCUUUAUGUGCGCGAUGCUCAAUGUGCUGAUGCCGGGCUGUACUUCUGUAACGCUAACUUUCCUACAGUACUUGGUGUUUCAACAGCCGAACGGUCUCAGAAAAUAACUUACAAAGGUGGGGCGGUUUCCUUCAUUGCUCUUAUUUGCAUGACAGACUUCCUGUUCAGAUUUACAUGACUUGAGUAAGAUGUCGUCUGGGUCGUUACUACUAGUACGUCUUUGAUUCUCACUGUUAUUACUACUACCAAAAGUUUGUGACAAGAGACCCAUUUUCUAAUUUAACUGCAGAUGAUUAGUUCGUCCACCAUUCAAAUGUCAGCAUUCAAAUGUCAGCAUUCUAAAUGCCCUAAUUGAUAUGUGGAUCCUACCAUUGAUGUUGUGGUCACAGUUGCCCUCUGGUAUGCCCAAACCCCUUAUAUACUUGAAAGUUGUUUCUACGUGGGGAUUUCUUUGUCUGGAGAGCUCUGUCUCUUACCUUUAAGUUGAAUAUCUUUUUCUAAAAAUCCGAUUGUAUGCUCUAACAAUACAUUGGCACUGAAAUUUAAUAUAAUCCUAGAAGUUUUCUCAUCAAUCGGGUUUACGUCAUCCCCAUGUUUAUCGUGUGGGUCUAGAGGUUGUGUUCAUGAACCAUUUAAAGUUAUAAACAUGUGAAGCUUACUAAGCACGUUUUUUUCCCCCAUAACAAUUGUUGAGUUAAGGGUGAACUAGUGGUGUGAAACUCUUUAACUGGGUUUGAUGUAGGCACAUAAUUUUUGCAGUCAAUGUUUAUCUCAUCAAAUAAGUUUCUAAAUACAUUUGUUGUCUUUUAUACUCUAGGAACUUGCAACACGGCAACACGUUUGGGCGUGAUGGACUCGCAAGGAAUUGUCAGGAACAUGUUCCUAGUGGGGGUUGCAAAGCACCUGUUGUCGAGAUUUAUAUAAUCUCCAUUGGACAGUGGAAAUUAAUUCAGAUGCCUUUUAGAGGAUGCACGAGA